GAGAGCUCCGCUGAGCUGAGCCGACCCUGCACUCGGCUGCCCACUAGGCUGCUGGCACAUUCCUUCACCAGCGUCUGCAUCCACCCGAUCCUUGCUGGGCAGUGCUCUGGGACUGGAGAAUACAAUAAACUUCACAGGACAAACCAGAAGAAUAGGAUGGAAAAUAUGUUAUUUUGGUUGAUAAUGUUCAUCUCUGGAUGGACCCUCUCGGAUGGGUCUGAAACAGAAUCAGAUUUUUCCUGGCACCUGAGCAGAAUACCCCGGGUUGUGAGUGAGAGAACUGUCCAUCUCGCCAGCCCCGCGUUCCAGGCAGAUGCUGGGGUGAAGGUGACCACAGUGUGCGGCAUCGAAUGUCAGGAAGAGCUCCCGGCUCCCAGCCUUUCCCAACUCGAAGACUCCCUUUCCUAUGAGACGGUCUUUGAGAACGGCACCCGAACCCUAACGAGAGUGAAAGUUCAAGAUCUGGUCCCAGAGCCCACUCAAAACAGCAGCAUAAAAGGAUCACACCGUAGGAGAAGGAGGCAAGUGUAUGGUACGGACAGCAGGUUCAGCAUCUUGGACAAAAGGUUUUUGACCAAUUUCCCUUUUAAUACAGCGGUGAAGCUGUCCACUGGCUGCAGCGGCGCCUUCGUCUCCCCCAAGCACGUGCUCACGGCUGCCCACUGUGUCCACGACGGGAAGGACUAUAUCAAAGGCAGUAAAAAGCUCAGGGUGGGAGUGCUGAAGAUGAGAAACAAAGGAGGCCGCAAGAAACGCAGAGGCUCCAAGAGGGGCCGGAGAGAAGCAGAGCGUGGUGGCCAAAGUCACAGUGAUCAGGAGCAUCCUCAGGAGAGCGCCACCCAAAGCCAGGGAAAAGGGUCCCGGCGAGGUCCCAAGGUCACCCAAGGGAGACCCUCCUUCCAGUGGACCCGCGUCAAGAGCACCCACAUCCCCAAAGGCUGGGCGAGAGGAGAGAGUGGGGACCCGGACUUGGACUACGACUAUGCGCUCUUGGAACUGAAGCGAGCACACAAACAGCAGCAUAUGGAGCUAGGAGUUAGCCCCACCAUCACCAAGUUGCCAGGAGGCCGGAUUCACUUCUCCGGGUUUGACAACGACAGGGAUGACCAGUUGGUGUAUCGUUUUUGCAGCGUUUCUGAGGAAUCCAAUGACCUCCUCUACCAGUACUGCGAUGCUGAGGCAGGCUCCACAGGCUCUGGGAUCUACCUGAGGCUCAAAGAGCCAGGCAAAAAAACCUGGAAGCGCAAGAUCAUCGCGGUCUACUCAGGUCACCAGUGGGUGGAUGCGCACGGGGUUCAGAAGGACUUUAAUGUGGCCGUGCGCAUCACUCCGCUCAAGUACGCCCAGAUUUGCCUCUGGAUCCACGGAAAUGCAGCCAACUGUACUUAUGGCUGAGGAAAACGCGGAGUUCAUGCAUAUCCUGAAUCCCAGAGAAAGCCAGCUUUCCUUCAGAGAGCACGCAUAGGGUAUGCUUGGACUUGUGCCAGCGUUUUUACAGACUUCCUUUAUCAAAAUUAGGGUUUCUUUCUCACAGCUAGAAUGUUUAGGUACAGAUAACGAAACUAGAUGGCACUUCAGCGGCAAAUAUAUACUCUUUAUAUGGUGGUAAAAGUUUCGUCUGCGGGGAAACCAUUUGUUUACUUGGGCCUUUUUUGAAACUAGACACUCUUUAAAAUGUCAGGCCAGAACUGUAAUACAACUUCUCAAUGAGCUUGCUCUUAGAGCUAAGAAGAGCCAACUGGAAUAUGAAGAUUCAUAGUAACACGAUUAGAAUCAGAGGUGACAAGGUUUGGUUUGCAGUGCUCUGAGGUGGAGUCAUUCUGUUGCUCCCUUAAUGUUUGUAUGUGUUUUUUCUUGGUACUGAGAAACUUAUUUUAAGAACUACAAAUAAAAACAUAAAAAUUACAAAUCAAAGAAUCAGUGAGCUUUAUAAACAAAACUAUUAAUUGUGACUUAAAAAAAAAUCAACCCAGCAUCAAUUUCUCUGUCAAAUUGGAGAAACACUUUGUUCUCUGCAAUGAACCAAUUUUAGAGAUAUUGAAAGCAGAGACACUUUAUCUUUUUGUUUUUUCGAGACAGGGUUUCUCUGUGUAGCUCUAGUGGCCUGGAACUUGCUCUAUAGACCAGGCUGACCUCGAACUCACAGAGAUCUGCCUGCCUCUGCCUCACAAGUUCUAGGAUCAAAGGUGUGCGCCAGCACUGCUGACCUGAAAGCUGAGACUCUUUAAGAUCUCAAGAUUUUAUUUAACUAAUUCUCAAGCUAGGAAGUUUUCAAGGAAUGCUGAGCAGCCCUUUCGCAAGCUCUGACCCAUCCCCCUUGAACGCCCUGCCCUGCUGUGUUGUAACUGUCUACUGUGUGUCAGGUGCUAUAUUUUUAAAGCAAGCAAUUUGAAGUCUUUUUCAAAUUUUUGAAGUCUCUUUUCUUUUUCCCCAAGUCCUGAGAUAGCAAAGAAAGUUCUGAUGGUUCUUAUUAGGGACCAAGGUAGCAUCGUCACUCUGCCUCCCAAGUAGCAUUAAGCAGGUAGUGACCACCUAGAGCAGAAUACAGAACAGACAUUCAGGACACACCUCAUGAACAAACAGGUACGCGGCGAAUGGCUAUACAGACGUUAGGUCAGGGCAUUAUGCUUAAACAUUUCUGAUGAUAUGCUCAAGUGUACUCUAAAAUUUAGUAAUCCAGGACCCAAUCUUUGUUCUGUUCUUUCUGGCAAUGUCUAAGGCCACAUAUGUUUCUCUCAUGACACACUCAAUUUACUCCCAGGGUAAAAUCUUUUUUUUCUUUUGGAGGUGUCCUAAUAAAGACUACAAAAUAAGAGUUACUGUUAUUUCCUAGCUCUGUCUUCUGUUGUACUCUCAAUUAGUAUACAAACGAGUAUCUUCAUUCGGGUUAGCAUAGCGCUUUUGUAA